GGUAUCCUUUGCAGCCGUAAAUAUCCAAAUCCAACAUGGCGCUGCACAUGUAGUGAAGAAGAAUUUUAAAGUAAUUUUUAUUUACACUUCUGCAGUCUAUGAGAAAUGACUGACUCGAAUCAUGGCAGUGUUCCUGUGCGGUAUUUUUGUACUGCUGGUAACGGGAUGGAGUCAUUUUUGGUAGAGGAGGUAAAACGCAAAGUUGCAGCACAAGAUGUUAUCCAUUUGCAAGGAAAGGUGAUCUUCAGUUCUUCUGCUAACAUCAACAACAUCGUCAAUCUAAAAUCAGCUGAGAGACUUUUUCUGUUACUGAAUCAUGAGGCACCGAUAAAACUACCUGCCCACAUCAAUCGAGCAAAGGCAUCCUCUCUGCUGCAGUCCUAUCUGACGGGAGAUAAGAAUGAAGUGGCUAGAGUUGUAAUGUUAUGGCUCAGCCUACAGGGGGCGCUCAAAGACAGAUCCACAAACUAUAAAGUCCAACCAAGUGCAACAGUAGGAGGGAAAAGAGGAGACAAUGAUGAGCAGAGUUUAGUGAUUGAAGACAGGUAUCCUGGAGACUCCAGUCGAUGCAAAAGACAACGGCUGGAGUAUGGAAAUCCAGAUGAUACACCCAUGGACCAACAAGACAAGCUGCUACCAUCUGUGGACUCAGUCACUUUUAGAAUCUGCUGCAAGUGUAGUGGAAGUCUGUCCAGAUACUUCAGCACACAGGAUGUUAGUAAAGUCCUGGGAGCCAGUCUGACCACAUUGUUGGGCUGGAGGGUUGACCUUAAAAAUCCCCACUUAGAGGUAAAUGUCAAUUUGACUGAUGACUAUUGUCUCCAGGGGAUCCCACUGACAAAAUUUCCUCUAGCCAACAGGAACUAUGUUCAAACCACUGGUCUGAGGUCUACAGUUGCCUGGGCAAUGGCCUCAAUGGCUCAGAUACAGCCAGGGUCUUUUGUGGUUGACCCAAUGUGUGGAGUGGGAACCAUCUUGAUAGAAGCAGCAAAGGAGCACAAUGGAGCAUUUUUCCUGGGAAUUGAUAAUGAUGAUGAGCAGCUAGUCAAAGCCAAUGAAAAUAUUGUUUAUGCACACCUAGAGGAUAGGAUGCAAGUACUUAAAGCCUCGUCUCUGGUUCUGCCUUUGCACAGCGCAAGUGUGGAUACUGUUGUUUGUGAUUUGCCUUUUGGUCGGAAAUUUAGUACUAAAAUAGAUGCAGCCAAGGACUUACCUCCUAUUCUUUAUGAGAUGACAAGAGUUCUUCGAGUUGGUGGCAUCCUGGUUCUUCUGCUGAGUCCUCAGUUAUCAUGCCUAAUAAAAAGACUUAUCGCGCAAGAAGACGUUAAGUCAAACUCAACUGAUUCACAAACUGAAAAGCAGGACUGCCUAUCUGAUGGAGCAACUUGCACCAAGCAGCUGUUAAGUGAAGGCCAAAAUAAUGGACCACCCUCCGCCCAAGAAACGAAGUAUGGACUGAAAAGGACCCAUCCCCUUUCAUCUCUGAGGCAUGAAAAAACUGUUAGGGUCAGUUUAGGUGCAAUUGAUGGACUAAUGCACAAAUAUGUUAAAUUAGACCCAUGCUUCAAAUAAUAUUUACACAAUACAAACCUGUUGAAGUAAUGUUAUUGUUACUCUUUAUGGUAAUACAUUCUCCAUAUACCCAAGUUUUGACCACAGCUGUACAAUACUGCCAUCUGCCACUGUUAGCCCUGCUUAGCCCAGAUUUACAUUGGGAGGCUUAAUAGAGUAUUAGCAUUUAUUUUACACGAAUUUAUUAAGUU